AUGCUACGCAGCUGCACCGUGCGUUUUAGUCUUUGCCUAUGCUGGGUGUUUGCGGAAAAUACGGAAGCAGGCAGAUCGCAGGUCACAGGUCACCGGUUUGUCGCAGUGCUUAUCUACUCUGACACAUUUCGCCAGAUUGAAAACUGGCGAAAAGUUGCAGUUUGUUUGAUAAGUCGUCUGCGUCUGCUUGUUCUACCUGCUGUACAAGUUACUGGUAUCAUUGCUGACUUUUCUGCUGGAAAGGCAUCUUACUUCGGCAAUAAAAGAGAUUAG